UUCUUUAAUAGUAGCUAAUCGUUCACAAUGCACAUAAUAUUCUUUGGUCUCCUGCUUACUUGUUUAGCAGCAGUCAGUUAUGCCGCAUUGCCAAAGAUAGAUGGUCAGAUUGUUGGUGGGACUGAUGCUGCAGUUGGAGCGCAUCCUUAUAUGGUGUCUCUGAGACGUAAAAACAGUCAUUUUUGCGGUGGAUCUAUUAUCGCUAAACGUUAUAUUCUCACCGCGGCUCAUUGUCUCAUGAAAUUCACCGAUCCUGAAGAUCUUAAAGACGUAACAGUACACGCUGGCACAAAUCUUUUGAGCGAAGCCGGUUAUGUUUAUAAACCUGAAGCAGCCAUUCUUCAUCCUGAUUUUAAUCUGCCUCUAAUUCGUAAUGAUAUUGGUUUACUUCGCCUGAAUACAGAUAUAGAAUAUAACAAAUUGGUGCAACCAAUCUCUGUCGCAAAAACGAAUUCCGUUUUGACUGGCGAUCCUUGUUUUCUGACAGGAUGGGGAAGACUCGAGUUUAUGGGCAAAGUACCUGAUAAGCUUCAGAAGGUCAACUUAAAAGUUUACUCGCAAUUGAAGUGCAAAGUUGCAUUUUGGAAUGUAGGAGAAAGUCAUAUCUGUGCGUUUUCACAAUAUGGUCAAGGAGCAUGCCAUGGUGAUUCUGGUAGUCCGCUCGUUGCCAAUGGCAUUCAAAUCGGGCUUGCCUCGUUUGUGCGACCAUGCGCAGUCGGAUACCCGGACGUGUACACAAGAACAUCUACUUUUUCGAAUUGGCUUGCUCAGUACAUUGGUACUGAACAUGUUCAACGUAUCACAGUGUUUAUCACUAUGAAUGCUGUCACUGGUCUCAUAAUCGCGUGUCUGGGAUUCGUCACUUACGGUUUGCCAGAUACGCAAAUCGUCGGUGGCAUUGAUGCUCAGGAUGGCGCAUAUCUUUAUCAGGCGUCAUUGAGAAGUAAUAAUUAUCCGUUCCAUUUUUGUAGUGGAGUCAUCAUCAAUGAAUAUUAUGUUCUCACGAAUGCCCAAUGUGUUGUUUCAUAUAAAAAUCCUUAUGAUGUUUAUGUUGCCGUUGGAAGCCAUUAUCUUAUAAAUGUAAAUAAUCAAACAAAGAGUGUUAUGUAUCGAGCGAAAAAAUUGAUAGUACACGCUGGUUACAAUAAAUUGUUACAUAUUCAUGACAUUGCUUUAAUUGAAGUAGACAAGAUCAAAUUUAACGAAAAUAUCCAGCCAAUUGAUUUACCAACUGCCGAUCGCAAUUUUGAUAAUUAUCCUCUUUUAGCUACUGGCUGGGGAAGACGUUGGUUAGGAGGACCGAUUCCUAAUCGCUUGCAAGAGAUUAUAGUGAGAGGAUAUCCUCAAGAAUUAUGUAACACAUACGAACACGUCAAGGAAACUCACAUAUGCACCUUUGCAGUCAAUGAAGGAAUGUGUCAUGGUGAUGCCGGUGGUCCACUCGUUGCUGACAGCGUUUUGGUUGGUCUCAUAUCAUUUAGUUAUGGCCCAUGCGGUGGAGGAGCUCCAGACGUAGCCACCAGAGUAUUUUCCUACAGAUCAUGGAUUAAAUAUUAUACGGGGCUCUGAUGCAAAACAAAAGCAUCUACUCAUUAUUCCGAAUUAUAACCUUUUAUCGUAUCAGAAUAUAAUUACAAGGAUCAACGUUCUGUUUAACUGAUUGUAUUACUAUAUACUAUAUUUUUUAAGUUUUAUUUAUAAACAAACUUUUGUAUGAAUUAGUAAUCUUCGUAUGAGUAUUCCAGAAAUUUGAUAUAUGAAAUAAUAUCUCUAUUACAAUUAUAUAAAAUAAUUUAGCCGACAAAAAAUUAAUUAAAUCAAAUAACAACUCCUUUUUUACUGUCACAUGUCAAAAAUGUAAUGCUAGUUUAUCGUAAAAAUCAACAAAUUGUUUACAUGUAUUAAUAAAAUUUGUUCUAAACAUUUUUACUGUUCCUUCUAGUAAGAAUAUUGAUUUUUUAUUAUUAUUUAUUUUUAGUUAGUGUAUGAGUAUUACUUCUUUAUGUAUUUUCAAUAUAUUUUCGAUAUAGCAUUAGAACUUAUCUCUUAUAAAAGAUAUACAGAGUAUAUACGUUUAAUAAAUCACAGAGUUACAAUGUAAUGUAAUGUAAUCAUUUGUGACAUUCUUUAAAAUUCGACGGAAAGUGAACAAAUAUAUAUUCUGGUUAUCGAACAAU